UUUUUUUUUAUUUAUAUAUAUAUAUAUAUAUGAACACACUUCCUUAUGAACUUUGGUUGCCUAUCUUUGAUAGUUUUGAUUUAAAACAAAAGCUAGCCUGUAGUCUUGUCUGCAAACAGUGGUAUAGUGUAUUAACCACUUACGGUAUUCUGUAUAAAACCAUACGUAUAGUGGAUAAUUCAACUCGAUUUCAACGCCUACUCGAGUUUUUUCGAGAUCAUCCGAAUCUUGCAAAGACUGUGAUCAGACUCGAUUUACAAGAGUGUGAGAUCACAAGUCCAGUAUGUAUAGAACUACCCAUUUUAUUUCCUUGUGUGCGUCUAUUACGCUUUGUUCAAGACGAACAGUUUGGUUAUGAAUUCUCUAAAGUCAAUCGACGAUUGGAUCCUAUUGAAUUCCAGACUCAGGUACAGAAAUGGAAACAACUUGAGUCUGUUCAGGAACACAAUGUCUGCUUUUCUUCCUUGACAGCUGCUUUAUUGACAUGUACACAACCUUAUUUGCAUACCAUUAGCCUCAAUUAUCAUACUUUGGCUGCACCUUAUCAUCACUCGUAUUGGGGUCCUCUUUUAUUAGACCGCAAAAGGACCUUGUUGAACUCACUUGUACAUGCACCUUGUUUGCGUACAUUAACCUUGUAUCAUUUACAUCUCACCUUAGAAGACAUGGAGACCAUUCAUCAAAAUGCACCUCAAUUGGACACAUUAAGGCUAGUGCACAUCAGGCUCAAAAAGCAGAGAGAACCACUCAGGCCUGUUCAACACACACGGUCAAUCAAGACAUGUUCACUUCAACAUGGUCCUCGGUCUAAUCACGUGAUGAUACUCGCCUGGUUAGAGUAUGUGUAUGCCAAAUACACGCAUUUGUCUCAUUUAGAAGUGACGUGUGAUAUCACACAUGAUGCAUUUGAAGCCUGUUUGUUAAAGACAGUCUCUAAAUUCAACCAAUUGAUAUCGUACAAUACCAACCUGUGUUUAUUCACUCAAGCCAUGGCAGAUACCAUGCAUGUAUCUCAAUUGACGCUGCAUGCACUUCCCCAUGACCACUUGCUGGAGACACAAUUGACCCAUUUGGCCAACAGUCAACACCAAAGACAGUCUCUUCAGCAUUUGAGUCUUGUACUCUCUCCACAGAGUUAUGCACUCACUCAUUUUGUGGGUCUUGGUCAAUGCCAACAAUUGACAAGGUUAGAUAUUCAGUCAGAAUCCUCUAGCGUCGAUUUAGCUAUUCUGUACUAUGUAGCAAGAGAUGCACCUCAACUAAAAACCCUCUAUUUGCCCCGAUUAGUUGUCCAUCAACGCCCCAUUGAGUUAAGGUCUGUGUCUCCUUUGGCAUUGCGUCAUUUGAAUAUCGAAGACUGUCUUGUUCAGGACCCCAAUCAAGUCAAGAUAUUCAAUCGACUGUUGGGCUUUAUCACACAUCAAUGUCAUCAGUUGUAUCGUUUUCAGUUCAACUUGAACCUCAAGAGUUGUCUUGUACCUUCCAAUGACCCUUCUUUUGUGUAUUCAUUAUGCUUUGAUUUCACUCAUUGUCCUGUUCAACAGGUAGAGAUCAAUACAGAAAACAAGCGAUUGUAUUGCAUCAAUCAAGUAUAUUAUGUCAAAGGACCACAGUGGAACAAAAUACCCCCUGUGCACCCUACAAAAUACCAUACGACACUAAUAAAUUAUUCGUUCUGAGGUUACACACA